GCCCAGUAGGUACCGUCCCGAUCCCGACCCCACCCCAGGCCCUCGGAAGCCACCUUUCUCCUCCCGACUCCUCCAGCUCGGGAUCCAGCCAGCCCGGUGGACCCAGGCUCCCGAGCAAGAGGGUAACCCAGGCGACCCGGCCCUUUCGGCCUUCUCAGCCCCACCCCCUGCAGCCGGAGCCGCGCCCCCUCUCCCACGGAUCGGGGAGCAAAGGACGGAGGAGACUGGGCAGAGGGGGGAAUCCAGGCGCCCCCCAGCCCAACCCUGCCCUUCAUCACAAGGGGCACAGAGAUUGCCUUCUUUUGCCGACCCCUAGCAGGAGGGGUUGGGGAUUAAAGGGAAAGAUAGAAGGAGACGGAGGAAAGGUGGCAGCUAGAUUAUUUAGGAGAAGCCCCGAGGAGAGAGAUCGGGGUGAUUCGCCAUGGGGACCCCCAGGGCCCAGCACCCGUCGCCUCCCAAGCUGCUGUUCCUAAUUCUGCUGAGCUGUCCCUGGAUUCAGGGUCUGCCCCUGAAGGAGGAAGAGGCCCUGCCAGAGCCUGGAAGCGAGACCCCCACAGUGUCCUCCGAGGCCCUAGCCGAGCUGAUCCAUGGGGCCCUGCUAAGGAGGGGCCCUGAGAUGGGCUUCCUGCCAGGAUCUGAUCCAGACCCCACACUAGCCACCCCUCCAGCCGGCCAGACUCUUGCAGCACCCUCUCUGCCAUGGGCCACUGAGCCAGGGACAGGGCCUCUGACAACAGCUGUGACCCCUAAAGGGGUCAGAGGGGCUGGCCCCACUGCACCGGAACUGCUGACCCCACCCCCAGGAACUACAGCUCCGCCCCUUCCUGGGCCAGCCUCCCCAGGCCCGCCCCUCAGUCCCGAGGGAGGGGAGGAGGAGACAACGACAACCAUCAUCACCACGACCACAGUCACCACCACAGUGACCAGCCCAGUUCUGUGUAACAACAACAUCUCUGAGGGUGAAGGGUAUGUGGAGUCUCCAGAUUUGGGGAGCACUACCAGCCGUACCUUGGGACUCCUAGACUGCACUUACAGCAUCCACGUCUACCCUGGCUACGGCAUUGAGAUCCAGGUGCAGACACUGAACCUGUCUCGGGAGGAGGAACUGCUGGUGCUGGCUGGCGGGGGGUCCCCAGGCCUGGCCCCCAGACUCUUGGCCAACUCCUCCAUGCUCGGAGAAGGACAGGUCCUUCGGAGCCCAACCAACCGGCUGCUCCUGCACUUCCAGAGCCCACGGGCCCCACGGGGCAGUGGCUUCAGGAUCCACUAUCAGGCCUACCUCCUGAGCUGCGGCUUCCCUCCCCGGCCGGCCCAUGGCGAUGUGAGCGUGACAGACCUGCACCCCGGGGGUGCUGCCACCUUCCACUGCAACUCGGGCUAUCAGCUGCAGGGCGAGGAGACCCUCGUCUGCCUCAAUGGCACCCGGCCAGCCUGGAGCAGUGAACCCCCCACCUGCAUAGCGUCCUGUGGGGGCAUCGUCCACAAUGCCACACUGGGCCGCAUCGUGUCCCCCGAGCCUGGGGGAGCUGCAGGACCCAACCUCACCUGCCGCUGGGUCAUUGAAGCAGCCGAGGGACGCCGGCUGCACCUGCACUUCGAAAGGGUCUCGCUGGAUGAGGACAAUGACCGGCUGAUGGUGCGCUCGGGGGGCAGUCCCCUCUCCCCUGUGAUCUAUGACUCAGACAUGGAUGAUGUCCCGGAGCGGGGUCUCAUCAGUGACGCCCAGUCGCUCUAUGUGGAGCUGCUCUCAGAGACACCUGCCAAUCCCUUGCUGCUGAGCCUCCGAUUUGAAGCAUUUGAGGAGGACCGCUGCUUCGCUCCCUUCCUGGCACAUGGCAACGUCACCACCACGGACCCUGAGUACCGCCCAGGGGCACUGGUCACCUUCUCAUGCCUCCCAGGAUAUGCCCUGGAGCCCCCUGGCCCCCCCAAUGCCAUUGAAUGCGUGGAUCCCACAGAACCUCACUGGAACGACACAGAACCAGCCUGCAAGGCCAUGUGUGGAGGGGAGCUGUCGGAGCCAGCAGGUGUGGUCCUCUCUCCCGACUGGCCCCAGAGCUACAGCCCAGGCCAGGACUGCGUGUGGGGCCUGCACGUCCAGGAGGAGAAGCGCAUCUUGCUCCAAGUUGAGAUCCUGAACGUGCGCGAAGGGGACAUGCUGACGCUGUUCGACGGGGACGGCCCCAGCGCCCGAGUCCUGGCCCAGCUGCGCGGACCUCAGCCGCGCCGUCGCCUUCUCUCCUCCGGGCCCGACCUCACGCUGCAGUUUCAGGCACCGCCUGGGCCCCCGAACCCCGGCCUGGGCCAGGGCUUCGUGCUGCACUUCAAAGAGGUCCCGAGGAACGACACUUGCCCCGAGCUGCCACCCCCGGAGUGGGGCUGGAGGACGGCGUCCCACGGGGACCUGAUCCGGGGCACGGUGCUCACCUACCAGUGCGAGCCGGGCUACGAGCUGCUCGGGUCCGACAUUCUCACCUGCCAGUGGGACCUGUCCUGGAGCGCCGCGCCGCCCGCCUGCCAAAAGAUCAUGACCUGUGCCGACCCCGGUGAGAUCACCAACGGCCACCGCACUGCCUCGGACGCCGGCUUCCCCGUGGGCUCCCACGUCCAGUACCGCUGUCUGCCGGGGUACAGCCUGGAGGGGGCGGCUGUACUCACCUGCUACAGCCGAGACACGGGCACACCCAAGUGGAGCGACCGGGUCCCCAAGUGCGCCCUGAAGUACGAGCCGUGCCUGAACCCUGGGGUUCCCGAGAAUGGCUACCAGACGUUAUACAAGCAUCACUACCAGGCGGGCGAGUCCCUGCGCUUCUUCUGCUACGAGGGCUUUGAGCUCAUCGGCGAGGUCACCAUCACCUGCGUGCCUGGGCACCCCUCACAGUGGACCAGCCAGCCCCCGCUCUGCAAAGUGGCCUAUGAGGAGCUCCUGGACAACCGAAAACUGGAAGUGACCCAGACCACAGACCCAUCACGGCAGCUGGAAGGUGGGAACUUGGCCUUGGCUAUCCUGCUGCCCCUAGGCUUGGUCAUUGUCCUCGGCAGUGGCGUUUAUGUAUACUACACCAAGCUGCAGGGAAAAUCUCUCUUUGGCUUCUCCGGCUCCCACUCCUACAGCCCCAUCACUGUGGAGUCGGACUUCAGCAACCCACUCUAUGAAGCUGGGGAUACACGGGAAUAUGAAGUUUCCAUCUGAUCCUCAAAACCAAGGCCGCAGGACCCAGGAUGCCCUUCCCCUCCUCAUUCUAGGCAGGGGAGAUGACAGGACCUGGUCCGUGACUCCUGGCUCCCCUCCUCCCUGCCAUGUAAAUAGUCUCCCAGCCCCACCAGGGGGCUUUGAUGGCCCUGGAGACCCUUCAUAAAUAAACCAGCAUCCUGCCGCCCAAAGCGUCCUCUUCUCAGUUGCCAAACCAGGGGCCUGCCCUCACCCUCUGUGCCCAUCACUGGCUUUUGGACCCUGGGAGGGAAACUCAGCUCCCCUGCAAUCCUCCAGCCCAGAGCACCUUACAAGGACUGCCCCAUCACCUUGAGAGCUCUGCCGACCCCUCAGCCACAAAGGCUCUGCUCGUCCCAGAUGCCCUGGCCCCAGGCCUAACUCUUGGCCUUGGAGGGUCAGAAGAAGACGGAUGAAGGGGAGAGCUGGGACAAGGCCCCUGCUCCCUUCCUACAGUUCCCCAACCCACAACUUCUUCACCUCUGCUUCUGGAUUUUCAUUUUUGAACAAUAAACAGAAAAUCACCAUUUG